UGCGCAGUAGGGAUGAGGAAGUGUCAGUUAGCACAAUGGCUAACAGGACGUGUGUUCCUCCUCUUGUGCUAUGUUUGACUUUCUUUGUCAACUCUUGCUUGUCUCACACUUACACUUACUUGUUGGACGACGCAGGAGGCCUCGGACGACUUUUUGACGGGAUUGGAGGGUUGAGCGGCGGAGGGGCGACGUCGCGUCUCCUGGUCAACUAUGCAGAGCCAUACCGCAGCCACAUACUGGACUAUCUGUUUAAGCCAGACUUCGGAGCCUCUCUGCACAUGCUGAAGGUGGAAAUAGGAGGAGACGCUCAAACUACAGAUGGCACAGAGGCGUCGCACAUGCACCAUGAGGAUGAUGAGAACUACUUCCGAGGGUAUGAGUGGUGGCUGAUGAAAGAGGCAAAGAAGAGGAACCCCAACAUCACACUUAUAGGUUUGCCCUGGGCAUUUCCCGGUUGGGUAGGCCGUGGUAAAAGCUGGCCCUAUGACUUCCCAGACACCACCGCAGCAUAUGUAGUCAACUGGAUCCUCGGUGCCAAGCAGUUCCACCAUCUCACCAUCGACUAUGUCGGGAUCUGGAAUGAACGGAACUUUGACAGCAAGUAUAUCAAGCUGCUGAGAUACACUCUGGAUAAAAGUGGCCUGGAGAGUGUCAGGAUCAUAGCCAGUGACAACUUGUGGGAGCCCAUUUCCUUGUCUCUUCUACUAGACCAUGAGCUCAGCAGGGUUGUAGAUGUCAUUGGGGCCCACUACCCAGGCACCACCACCGUCAUGGACGCCCUGAAGACUGGGAAGAAGCUUUGGGCCUCCGAGGACUACAGCACGUUCAACAAUGAUGUGGGCGCUGGUUGCUGGGCGCGCAUUUUGAACCAGAACUACGUCAAUGGAUUGAUGACUGCUACUAUCUCCUGGAACCUGAUUGCCAGCUACUACGAGGCACUGCCGUUUGGCAGAGACGGGCUUAUGACGGCUGUGGAACCCUGGAGUGGCAACUAUGUGGUGGAGUCUCCCAUCUGGGUUACAGCCCACACCACGCAGUUCACCCAGCCAGGCUGGGCCUACCUGAAGACUGUUGGACAUUUGGCUCGGGGUGGAAGUUAUGUGGCCUUGACUGAUGGAAGAGGAAAUCUGACCGUUGUCAUAGAAACCAUGAGCCAUGAGCACUCGUCAUGCAUACGACCUCCACUUGCUCCAUACAACGUCACCUCACAAAAUGCAACCUUCCGUCUAGAAGGGUCCUUGUCCUCCAUCAAGGAGCUCCAAGUGUGGCAGUCUCACUUUGACUUCAAGAUGAACACAUCCACCUUAUUCAAGCACCUCGGCCCACUGAAGCUUUCAGAUGGCGACUUCUCCCUGGAGCUGUGUGAAGAUGAGCUUUACACACUAACCACGCUCACUUCAGGGCGUAAAGGCAGCCACCCACACCCACCUGCUUCCUCAGCCUUCCCCAAACUCUACAAGGACCACUUUGAUGUCCGAGAACCUCCCUUCUCAGAAGCUCCCAACUUUGCUGACCAGACAGGAGUGUUUGAGUACUUCACCAACCUGACUGAUCCUGGACCUCACGUCUUCACUUUACGCCAGGUUGUGACUCAGCGACCCAUCACCUGGGCAACAGAUGCAGACCAGACUAUAAGCAUCAUUGGAGACUACAACUGGCGAGACGUGAGCGUGACGUGUGACGUGUUGAUGGAGACCACGCAGAGCGGUGGUGUGUUCAUAGCAGCCAGGGUGGAUAAAGGAGGACAGUCCAUCCGUAGCAGCAAGGGAAUAUUCUUCUGGGUGUUUGCAGAUGGCACAUACCAAGUGACCAAUGAUCUGGCUGGCCUCAUCAUCCUGGCUGAAGGACAGUCUGGAACACAAGCAUCUGAUUGGCACACACUAUCACUCACUGUGCAGGUAAAUGACAUCACUCACUGUGCAGGGUCAAUCUGCAUGGGGAGAGCUGAAUGGACAUGUACUGUGGAAGGAUGCUGUGGUCCAGACCCCUGAGAACGGGUGGGCUGCCAUAGGGACACGCUCCUUUCAACUGGCUCAGUUUGACAACUUUGCUGUCCAGGCACAAGAAUCCUCAUAAACAAGCCUUCGUUUCAUUGUGAUGGACUGCAGACUCGCGAGUCGCCAAUGAAGAGUUUUGAUGAAGGCUAAAUAAUACCCCGGUCCUUCCGGGAUCACCCAUCUCAUCCUGCUUUACAGCAACUUGUUGAAGUCCAAACUCUUCUCUGAGACUUUGCUUCCCAAGUCCAAACUGUAGGCUGGUAAGUCCAACUGGUAAACCUGCCAGACAACUUACACCUUCCAUAUCCCAGGAUCCACAUUCAGUGGCCAAAGACCAGGUGUAUGUAUGCAGUAUAUGUAAAUAAUGGAUGUAUAACUAAUAAUGAAUAUUAUUGUGAACGUUUGACUCCUACAUUGUUUACUUCUGUGACGACCUCCUUAAAGUUUGUUAAUCAAUCAAAUCAAAGACUGUUUGCAUUUUUCCCAUCAUGCUUUGUAAUGGAUUUACCGUAAUUUCCGGACUAUAAGCCGCACCCGACUAUAAGCCGCACCAGCUAAAUUGAGGGGAAAAUACAGAUUGCUCCACAUAUAAGCCGCACCCGACUAUAAGCCGCACCUGACUAUAAGCCGCACCAGCUAAAUUGAGGGGAAAAUACAGAUUGCUCCAUAUAUAAGCCGCACCCGACUAUAAGCCGCACCAGCUAAAUUGAGGGGGAAAUACAGAUUGCUCCAUAUAUAAACCGCACCCGACUAUAAGCCGCACCAGCU